AUGUCGGCGACCGAAGCUGGCAUCCCGGCCGCGAGCCAGGACGACCAAGAGGUGAUAAACUACGCGAAUCUCUCUCUGGAUAAGCUUCGCGAGAGGGCAGAGGCAAUUGAGACUAUCCGCAAGCGAGCCGAAUACAUCGAAAUCAUUGAGCGAGGCACCGUACCAGUUUCGCGAAAACACGCGCGAGCAGAAUCCCAGGUUUACACGACACCCCCGCUGAAACGAUCUCUUCUUUCGUGA